AGGCUGAGUCAAGAAGUCAUGGCGUCGUCAAAUUGUCCUGGGCCUGCGAUCUCUCAUGUUGUAAGGAUCGGGGACCACGCUACAGAAAACCAAAAUAGCCAUUGUAGCGUUCGUAGUGGCCUUACUGAGAGCGGCGACGAUCAAGCCAGAAAUGACCACGGUAACGGUGUCGACUCCUUUACUCCUCUAAAUCGGGAACCCAGCUACUGGAGCAUCAGCGACAUGACAUUCACGCCUCAUGUUGAGGAGGAAAGUAAGGCAGUUUUAAGUUGGAAGCACUUGACAGUUCGAAGCAAGCGAUCACCCGAAAAGGCCUUGUUGAAAGAUCUCUCGGGAAACAUAACCGGAGGUUUCUGGAGCUUGAUGGGCCCGAGCGGUAGUGGUAAAUCCACGCUUGUCAACACCUUGGCAUGUCGUUUGACACCUGGGAUGUGGUUUGAAGGAGAGAUUCGUCUGAAUGGGCGCAUGUACUGCCUGCAUGAUCUGAAGUGCAUGUCAGGGUACGUAAUGCAGGACGAUCUCAUGAAUGGUGCUCUGACUGUAUGGGAGACCUUGUUCUAUGCAGGCGAGCUCCGGCUACCGCACGAUAUGACGGUGGAGCAUCGGCGAGAAAGGGUCGAAGAGUCGAUCGUUGAAAUGGGUAUUGGCCACGUUCGGGAUGUUGUGGUGGGCGACUCAUUGCAUAAGGGUAUCUCGGGUGGAGAACGUAAACGCCUGGCUGUGGCGAUGGAAUUAAUAACACAUCCGGUUCUUCUCUUUCUCGACGAGCCCACCAGUGGCCUGGAUUCCGUCACGGCACUCUCUCUUUGUUCGAAGCUGAAGUCAUUGGCCGCCUCGGGGCGUACGACCGUCAUAUGCACCAUCCACCAGCCUCAAUCCAAGCUCUUCGCGCUCUUCGACAACCUGAUCCUCCUCAAGGCGGGAGAAAUUGUGUAUUUGGGGCCGGCCGGGAAAGCUGUGAGCUUUUUUGAAAAAGCGGGGUUCCCCUGUCCUCCCAUGACCAAUCCUGCCGACCACUUGAUGGACGUCAUCACACCCGAGCUUGGGGAGGAUGCAGACAUCGCCAAGGCAAAAGGAGAUCGGCUCAAAAAGUACUUCACACCGAAGGUCGUUGACCUUCACGCGGGGUCGGACAGACCCGCCAUGCCAAUGCGACAGAUGAUCCCCUGGCCUAAGCAGUUCCACGUUCUCUUCCGCCGGUCCCUCCAAGAGCACAGGCGCAAAUGGGUGCAAGUCGCUACUCAGAUCCUUAAUUCGAUUCUUAUGAGCAUUUUGAUAGGCUUUGUCUUCUACAGAAUUGGCGACAGCCAGGCCUCGAUAAGUGUGCGACAGGCGGUCUUGUUUUUCUGUGUGAUCAACCAAGGCAUCUUUGCUUCGCUCGAAACGAUCAAUUCUUUCCCCAGUGAACGUGCUCUGACCUUGCGGGAGCGGGCAGCGGGGACGUACAAUGUCUCGGCUUACUUUCUCGCCAAGACGGCAACGGACACGCUUUUUCAGCUCCUCCCACCCGUGGUCUUCAGCGCCAUCGUUUAUCACCUCGUUGGCUUGCAGGACACUCCCGAGAAGUUUUGGGUCUUUACUGGCUUCAUGAUCCUCUGCCAGCUCAGCGCCACCUCUUUGGCGACGAUGGUGUCGUGCGUAGCGCGAACGACGGACCUGAGUGUGGUCGUGUUGCCGCUCUUCAUCGAGAUCGGACGUCUCUUCGGCGGGUAUUUCCUGCCUCCCGCCCAGCUUCCUUUGUACUUUUCCUGGCUAUACGCCCUGUCCUACGUAAAAUACACGUACGUGGGCAUUGCUCAAAACGAGCUGAGUGGUUUAAAAUUCACAUGCUUACCGUCAGAGCUGGUCGACGCGGCCUGUCCCAUCAGCAGCGGGAAGGAAGUCAUCGAACGGCUGGGCCUGGACUUUAUAACUCGAGAUCAAGCGGCAGGCAUCUUAAUACUGCUCGUCGUCAUCUGCCGUGUGGUUGCCUAUUUGGGGUUGCGAUUUAUCAAGUGGUAGCCUUAGGAGGAAAUACUCUUGAAUGACUCAGGUUGCUCCACCGAACGAAAGAAAGCCUUCAUCGUCGAAUGCUGGCAUAACAUAAGGCACAUGCUACAAUAUGGCCAUGUCGUGCUCCUCCACUGGAUGGGGCGGAUAGAAUACACGGGUCCUGGCCUCGCUGAAAAAGGCCUUUGGAAGUACGUGCUUGGUGCGGGAGAGGAGGCUUCGGCAGACUACCACCCUACAUGAACAAUGGUCGAUUUAGGAUAAUUAAUUGGAGAAAGAAGUGUAAACGUAAGGAAAACAUGUCAGCCGGACGCAUGAUGGGCAAAUGAUUCGCGUGCUCCACCCUCUGGAAUCUAUUUCUAAGGAGGACAGAGAUUUGCCUACAUCGAUCGGCUUUGCACACUGUAUUUAGAUAUGGACAGAAUUCAAAGAAAAAAGAUUGAGAUUGAUUGCAUGUCUAGAACAUGUGAUGUACCUGACCAGCAACAAACACGCGUACAGACAGGGCCGAAGGGAAA